CCUCUCUAUCUCCUCUUUGGGGCUUGGCCGCCUGUAGGGGGCAAUGAGAAGAACAGGCCGGCCUAGGCGAGGAGAUGUCAAAGAGUCGCCGCCUCUCAAUCUCGCUAGUGGUGGGGGCAACAGCCGCGGCAGGCGAGCUCCUCCUUCUCCUACGCGCCUGCCACCUCAGGAAGAGAAGCAUAAGGGCCAGAGUGCAGACGCGGAGCCCGAUCGCAGCCCCAGACAAGACGCCAUAAGCGAACCAACCGCCGCUGCCUUCUUACUCCGCGGGCUGCAACAGUCGCUGGGGAGGCAGCUUCCCGGUGGGGCCUCUCCUCACGCAAUGAAGAGGGGAGGACAAAGCAGGAAAGGGACCAAAAGCGACUCUCAGAAGCAAGCGAAGCGGGACCGCUUGGCCCACGAAUUCGGCGAAUGGCAAGACUGGCUGCGCGAUACUCUGAGGGAAACAGGCUUCUUUAUUGCACAAACGGAUAGCAAAAUAUGGCUUACACUUAUAAUGGCUGCUGUUGCUGGAAUCCUUCACUGGUAUCACAUAACAACUCUCUUUGAAAAUGAUCGUCACUUUUCUCAUCUUUCAACUCUGGAACGGGAAAUGGCAUUUCGAACUGAAAUGGGUCUCUAUUAUUCCUACUUCAAGACUAUCGUUGAAGCACCAUCAUUUUACAGUGGAGUUUGGAUGAUUAUGAAUGAUAAUCUAACUGAAUAUCCUCUUGUAAUAAACACACUGAAAAGAUUUAAUCUCUAUCCAGAGGUUGUGUUAGCCAGCUGGUACCGCAUAUAUACAGGGGCAAUGAACUCUUUUGGCAUUCACACACAAAAGUGUUGGACUGUGAAUAGAGGGGAAGGUCUGAGCCCUGUUGAAAGCUGUGAAGGAUUAGGAGACCCUGCUUCUUUUUAUGUGGCUAUGAUAUUUCUUCUAAAUGGAUUGAUGGUGUCAGUUUUCUUCCUAUAUGGCACAUAUCUAAGUGGGAACAGAUUUGGAGGGUUACUUACAAUCGCAUGCUACUUUUUCAACCAUGGGGAGAGUACCCGUGUGAUGUGGACUCCUCCUCUCCGUGAAAGUUUUUCUUAUCCCUUCCUUGUGGUUCAGAUGUUAUUAUUAACAUACAUUCUCAGGACGCAGAAUGUUAAUAGAAGAAGCUUGAUUGCAUUAUCUGUUUCUAAUGUUCUAUUCAUGCUUCCAUGGCAGUUUGCUCAGUUUGUUCUUUUAACCCAGGUAGCCUCUGUUUUUGGUAUAUAUAUUUUGGGAUUUAUUGAUUCAGCCAAACUACAGAAGAUACUUUAUGCACAUAUGGUAUCACUUGCUAUAUGCUUCGUCUUUAUGUUUGGAAACUCUAUGUUGAUGACAUCCUAUUAUGCUGCCUUUUUGAUAGUCAGCUGGAGUAUUCUGGAACUGGGCCCUAAGUACCUGAAAUUGCAUACUAAAAAUAUUCCUUUGUGGGCUUUGGAAGGAUUUUCUUGCCUCCUUGGGACAAUUAUUUUGAAAUUCUUGAUGUGUCUAAUAUUUGGAAUAUCUGAUGAUGUCCAUAUAAGUAAUCUGUUAAAAGCAAAACUUAUUGGUUAUAGAGAUUUUGAUACAUCUAUGUAUACUUGUGCUGUGGAGUUUGAUUUCAUGGAAAAAGAGACUCCAGUUAGAUAUAUGAAGACAUUUCUGCUUCCAGUAGUUUUUAUUGUUUUUUCAGUAAUCGUUAUAAAGGUGUUUCGAUACAUUAUGCUUAAAAAGAAAUCUUCUGAAAGACAGGAGUAUUAUUUUAACCAGGGUGAGAUCGUAUACCAUGCAUUGCAACUAAUUUUUUUUACUAUACUUGCCAUUUUAAUAAUGAGACUAAAGUUGUUUCUGACUCCACAUAUGUGCAUUAUGGCAUCCUUGAUAUGCUCAAAACAGUUAUUUGGAUGGGUUUUUUACAAAAUCCAACCUGGAACACUUGUUCUUGCAAUUUUGGCAAUGAUGGCAUUUGAGGGAAUAGCAAAUCUUCAAAAAGAAUGGAGUAUUGUGGGAGAAUUUAGCAAUUUGCCCCAGGAAGAACUACUGUUGUGGAUAAAAGCAAAUACUAAGCCAGAUGCUGUUUUUGCCGGUGCAAUGCCUACAAUGGCAAGUGUAAAACUAUCUGCACAACGACCUAUUGUGAAUCAUCCCCAUUAUGAGGAUGCGGGUUUACGGGCAAGAACGAAAAUCGUUUAUUCCAUGUAUAGCCGAAAACCUGCAAAAGAAGUUAAAAAAGGACUAUUAAAAAUGGGAGUAAAUUACUACAUUUUAGAAGAUUCUUGGUGCCUGAGGCGAACAAAGCCUGGUUGCAGUAUGCCAGAAAUUUGGGACAUAGAAGAUCUUGCCAAUAUCGGGAAAAUUCCUUUAUGCAAUCUCAUGUGCAAAGAUUCCAGGCCAUACUUCAGGACAGUGUUCAACAAUAAUAUAUUCAAAAUAUUGGAAGUUACCAGAGAAUGAUUCUUCAGUACUGUAUCAUUUUUGGUAGUAUAUGUUUUAAAUCAGCAUUUAUUUGUUUUCUUGAAAAAAAUUCUGCUUGAAUUUCAAGACCAUUAAAAAAUAAAAAUAAUUGAUGUUAAUUACAGGCAACAUUAGAUUUGACUUGCAUUCCAGAUUAUUCAACACUCAAGCUUUUUAUCAUUUGAAGCAAUUGAAGCUCUGUACCCAUGUCAUUGGAAGACGUCCUUAGCAAUCCAAUUGUAUUUAUUGAGAAGUAAUGUCCAGUUGAAAAAAGAUAGAAAUAAUUUUAGUUUGGAACUAUAGGCUUUCUAAGAUGGAAUACUACUCUUUAAAAUAUAAACAGUUAACAUUUACCUUGGCCCAAAUUUGUCUCUUUCUGGGACAGUUGUUUACAAUUUAUAUGCAAAUGUUUAUUGCAUUUCAACACUUCUUAAUAAACAUUGAUCCUAAGAAAUUGAGCAAAAAAUAUUUGUAGAAAAUAAUGCCAAAAUCAGUGAAAUUGUGCAGACAAUGAUUCCUAGCAAGAGUGUUGCAAUUUUAAACCCUGAACGAAUAAGAGUUGAUAAAACCUAAAACAUUUUCUCAUAUAUAGUCAUCAUUAUAUUGGUAAUUCAAUUUCCUUUUCAUGCUUUUCCUUUCUGAAUAAGCAUAGUUUUUUUAAAGAAAGGAUGGUUUCCAUGACCCUAUAUUACCAUAAAUAGCUGUUUACUUUAUUAAAACUUAUUACUUAUUCACUUAUUACAACUUGUUUAUUUGUUCUGCUUUAAAAUUGAGUACCUUAGAAUUUACAUUGAGCCAGAUGAUACAUCACAAGACAGAAUGCUUCUAAAUUCUUGUUUAUCAAGGCUGAGAAAGCAUUACAGUGUAUGUGUUAAUCUUUACUAUUCCUUUCUUUUCUUUUUUCUUUUUCUUUUUUUUUGGUAGAAUAUUACAUCCAAACCAGAAUUCCUGAUUUGUUGUUUUUUAACAAGCCAAACUUAGAAUCCAACAUUUAUUCUUGGCUUGCUUAUUGUCUUGGAUCCAAUAUUCAAGUGAUCCUUUUCUGAAUAGUUUUUUAAACCCUUUCACUGGUAGCAG